UACUUUUCCAAUACAAUCCAUAACUAAGGCUCAUUGUGUCCCGUAAGCCCCAGCAGUCAAGGUGUUUCUCUGUAUUUAAAAGUCAAGGAGCCAUGGCGGUGGCAAACUUUCACUACAUUACUCGGAUGAGCAGUGGCUUCAAGGUCUACAUUUUAGAUGGUCAGCCCAACCUCAGAAGUGAAGACAGAUACAGACAUAUCACAAAUGACCGGAUUCGAGUCCCAGCUGUGUAUCCCAUCAAACGCAAGCGCAGCCAUGAGAGAGGCCUAACUUUGGAGGAAAGGCGAGAGAGGGCACUGAGCAGAAGCAGUGGUAAAGCUGUCCAGAGAGCAGCAGCAGCACCAGCAGCAUUCAGUGUCCCACAGAGUCCCACAUCCACCUGGAGUCCAACCCCCAGCCCCACCAGCCCUCUGCCCAGCCAUGUGUACUACGCACCAGUGAUGGAUGAACCACUUGCCCUCAUCAAAAAACCAAGAAAGGAACCUGAGAGCACAGAGGAAAAGACCAAAAGCCCUUCUACCAGUCAAAUACAGAUGCGUCCCUCUGUGAUCACAUGUGUCUCCUCAGUCAGAAAGCCCUCCUGCAGAUCCGAGGUUCACAGCAGUCACUCACCAGCGAUUCCUAACUGCAGCUACGACCAUGUGGUUGAGGAGCAUUUCCAAAGGAGCCUCGGGGUGAAUUACCAGCAAGCUCACACCCAGCAGCUCUCCAUCAGUGUCUCUGUGGAUGACCACUUUGCCAAGGCCCUGGGAGACAAGUGGCUGCAGAUUAAAUCCAAGUCUUCCUCCUGUUCCUCCACACCACCCAGCAGUCCAAGCAUCACUCACUCCCCUAGCUACAGCCACAGUCCAAACCAAUCCCACAAAGAAACCUUGAGCACUUCAUCACCAACCUCUAGCCGCUGGUCCGUCAAUUAAACCAGAAAAGAAGCAUUUGCUCUGGGAGGAAAAAUGGACUUUGUGACUUUUAAGGUUUUACUGAGUGCAGCUCCGCUUUUUGAGGAAUGGAAGUGCCAAGAGUGCGGUUGAGAGGGAAUCUAACAGAUGCGGGACACUGAUUUCAGUCGCAUUCGGCCUCUGUGUGUCCACAUCUAAGAGCAAACAAAUGUAGCAUUAAUUGGGACGCCCUCGUUUUGUUACAUUUCUGUCCUCUGCUUGUCAAUGGCAUUUGAUUACCUGAGGUAGAUGGUGAUAUGGGAUGAAUGGAAAAUCAACCAAGUAAUCCUUUGCAUUUCUUUAAUUUUGUGUCUUUCAUUUCAUGUGGUCAGGAUGGCAUGAUUUCAUUGUAUUAUAUUUAUAUUCUGAUGCACCUGGGUCUCUUUAAGUCCGAAUGAUCAGCCUAUCUGCUGUAUAAUACUGUGCUUACAAGCUGUAC